AUGAGGCGAAUAACAAACACGGAGAUAACUGACAUUGGGAAUUAUGCCAUAAUCCGUCAAAUUGCCGAGGGCGCCUUCGGAAAGGUGUUUUUAGCCCAGCACAAGCUGCUUCGGUGCAAGGUCGUGAUCAAGAAGGGUGACCGUUCGGUCGAGGCCGGUGGAGAUGAUAAUUUGAUGAGGGAAUUCUACUACUUGCGGGAGUUUGAUCAUCCGAAUAUUACCAAGCUGUACGAGAUCAUUCUCACGGAAACCCGCGUUUAUAUGGUGUUACAGUACUAUUCAGAGGGAGACCUCUUUGAUUACUUAGCACGCCGUGGCCGUCUUCCUUUGGACGAGGCCUCGCGAUUGUUCUCUCAAAUAUUGGGCAGCGUUCAUUAUAUCCAUCUGAGUGGAUGCUGCCAUCGCGAUUUGAAGCUAGAGAACGUUAUACUGGAUAAAAGGCUGGACGCGAAACUUUCUGAUUUUGGUUUUGCGCGUGAGAUGCCAUAUUCUGCCAAUGGAAAGGGCCUUUUGAAUACGUUCUGUGGAACCCCAGCAUAUAUGGCACCGGAGCUGGUCGCCCGCCAACCUUAUUCAGGCGUGAAGGUAGAUAUUUGGGCUCUGGGAGUGAUGCUGUACGUUAUGCUCCAGGGAUAUAUGCCUUUUGGCGAUGACCCGGACUUGCCAACGCUUGCACAGCAACCCAAGUUUGGAGAUCAUGUUCCAGAGGAAGUAGCUGCACUUUUGCGUUCAAUGCUAGCGUAUCGGCCCGAGGAAAGACCCGCGACUUUGGCCGAUGUUCUCGUUCUUCCUUUUCUUCAGCCAUGGGGAGCUGUUCAGCUGGCUACAACCCGUGAAUACGCCGAGGGAAAGCACCGCAUGACCCCCAGUGAAAUUGCACUGGAGCGUUAUGCGUUUAAGCGAAUUUCCAGCUUCGGCAUUGACAAAGAGCUGCUGCGGAAGAAUCUGGCGUCCGGUGAGAUGGACUCUUUGGUAGGGUUCUGGGAGCUUUUCAAAGAGAAGGAGCGCAAAAGACAUCGUCACGCUCGCAAGCUAAAGACGCGAAGCAGGAGCAUGUUGAGGUUGAAUUCUACGCGCUCAAUCAUGGAUUCGCGGAGUGUGAAGUCAAAACCGGAGACGCAGUCUCCUCUCACUUCACCCCGAUUACCAGCCACGCCAACGGCUACUCCAAUUCCACCAACUCCAGCCACUCCAGCGACCCCUGUUUAUCACCAAAAGUCAUUAUCUGUUUCCAAAACUAUCGAUGUGGGCAAUGGGUAUACUGCUAACUCAGACAGGCGAAGUUCUGUUUGGACCACAGAGUCGAAGAGCAGGAAGCCCUUGCUCCAAAAGCUCAAAACAUGGAUGGGAAAAGUCAAGAGCAUAGGAGGGUCACCUUCACUUUCUUCUAGCACUUCUUCAUCCAAACAAUCGCUGAACCUGAGCAACGAUGAGGCCAGGUCGACUCUGGUGAACUCUGAAGCUAGUGGAAAUCACUUUGACGGGACCCCUGAAAAGGCACUCAAGUUCGUUGUUGGAGACCCAGCAGAUGAAGACGACGACACAGUCAGUCGCCUGUCUUCUAUGGCUACGCCCAAAGAUUCCUCCACCCCGUUCUUCCACAAACGAGGCAGCUCAGGUAGGCCUGCAAGGCCUGUUUCAAUGGUAUCGUCAUACUCAGUGCAAUCACAGGUCUCGGAGACUUCAGUUGGCUCAGGAUAUAACACGGGAUAUUCGACGGAUACACCGGGUACUCAACGACCAGCAUAUACCCGCGCGAGGUCCAGUGAGUAUUCGCUCAAUUCUCGCAGUGGCAUGACAAGCAUUGGAUUGGCACUUGGAACUGAAUCCCCUGGAUCUUCUACCACACAGUUAUCACGGUCUAAUUCCACGGAUUCCGGGGCACCUGGUCCGCGUGGCCGUGAAAAACGCCGCUCUAAGAGUAAAGACUCUACCAAAAAGGGCAAGAGCCUCAUAUUCAAGCGUGGAAAGUCUCCACUCGGGUUCUCGCAGUCGCCAGCGAGCUCUACGUGGUAUCUCAAGAACCGAAAGGCAAAUCCGCUCGUAUUCAACGAGCACCAUGGCUCGGACGUUAUAGAAGAAGAGGCCUCGGACGAUAUCCCGUUCCCUAAAACAACCGAGGCUCCUCAUCCGCGGUACCAAAACAUCCUCGGUGAGAUCAACGAGGACGUCAAUGGGUCCGAGUAUGAAGAUGUGGAUGACGAGGAGGACGAAGUGGAGGAGAUUCUGGUCUCCAAACUCAAGCAUUUGUCCGUAUAG